GUUAAAGAAUUGGGUUUAUUUGUGUUUAACGCCGCUUUUAAAGUGUUAAUAAUCGUUUUUAACUUGUGUAUUAGUGACUCUUUAUUGGUGUUAGUGGAUUUGCUUUUGGUUAUUUGAAGACAUGGAACCGAGCAUUCUAUGGAAUAUUCACAAUUCUCCUCCGUGCGCAAGUGGCCGGAAAAUCGAUCGAUACGUCUUCACGUGCUACAUGCCACGAUGCAGCAGCACCACCACCACAACGACAUCCUGCAGAGGUACCCCGAGGUGCUGGUGUCGCUGAGGAGGGCCCGCUGCUGCAGGAGGCUGCUGCGGAGCGCCAAGGGCCGCCUCAAGAAGGAGAAGCUGUGCGUGAGGCGGCUUCAGAGCGCGCUUUUCGACGCGAUGGACGCCAGCAGGAACGUGGAGCUUUUUACCUGCCCGCUCUGCAGGAGUGUGCUCAAAGGACCCGUCACCGUGGAGUGUGGACACACGUUCUGUUACGGGUGUUUGCAGGAGAAUUGUGACGUUUGUGGGAUUUGUGACACGGAAAUCACAGCCAACAGGUGUGUCAAUGUCCUGGUGCAGGACCUUGUCGACAAGUGGAGAGAUACGAAUAAAAUUGCAGAAAACACAAUCCCCAACACCACCGACAUUCUAGGCAUCCAACCCCGCUACCACCUCCGUUCCGGCUUUGCAGGUUUACAAAUCAGCGACGAAAACACGAGAAGUAUUAGAACAAUGCCCAACAUUUUCGCAAAAUCAAACCGAAAAUUUGCCACUGCGAUACGAAACGCCUUCAAAGAAGCCGAAACGAUCAAAGAUACAGCCAUCAAAAACUGCUGGAACACUAUAACAGCAACCGACUUGGAAUGCAUCCUUUGUAGUCGCUGUAUUUUCGAUCCCAUUACCACGGCUUGCGGACACACGUUUUGCAAGGGUUGUUUGACCCGGGUUUUGGACCAUGGACUGUCUUGCCCCCUCUGUAUGGCGUCGUUGAGCCUGAAGGACUAUUCCCGAGGGAUCACUGUGGUCCUGGACCAGGCCAUCAGGUUCCUGCUCCCGAGGGAACACAAUGAACGGCUUUUAAUCGACUUGAAGGAGGCGCAAAUGCUCAAUCGAAAUUCUGAUAUUCCUGUAUUUAUUUGCACGAAUGCGUUCCCCGGAGUGGCGUGCCCUUUGUACGUGUACGAGCCUCGGUACCGCCUCCUGGUGCGGAGGUGUUUGUUGUCGCCGACGCGCCGUUUUGCAAUGGCUGCGAAGGAAGACAGUGGAGAGAAGUUUGUUUCGUAUGGAACAGUUUUGGAAGUGAAAGAUGCCGUUUCGUUGGAGGAUGGCAGUUUUAUUUUGACUACGGUGGGAGUGCGGAGGUUUCGCGUCCUGAGUCGAGGAGAACAGGACGGCUACGACACCGCUAAAAUCCAGGUGAUCAAGGACACCGUCGUCUCCUCCGACAAGCUCCCCGAGCUCAUUGCCCUCCACCACAAGGUCUACACCAAGGCAUCGAAGUGGAUCACCUCCUUAACGCCCAAAGUCCUGGCCGAAGUCGAACGGCUCAUCGGCAAAAUGCCGCGGGUUGAGAAAAACUGGCUCAGUCUCCCAGACGGGCCGUCCUGGACGUGGUGGUUGAUGCCUAUCCUCCCUCUUAGUUCGCAAUUACAAGUCGUUUUCCUGAGCACGACCAACCUGGAGAAGCGUCUGCGUGCCAUCGACAAGAUGCUCGAAAGGAUGGAAAUCCGGAUGAAGUCUCUGGAGCGCAACACUUGUCCCUUGUCCGAAGAUGCAAGCGAUUCAUGCGAUUCAGAGCGAACGAUCGAAAUCCCUCUAAAUAACUAACUAACUAAAAAAUCAAUUGGCUGUGGCUUGGUCCAAAUGUGAUCGGGGAACGGAUGGAAAAAUAUACAGAAAAAUUCCCUAUUGACCUAAUGUACAAUCAUUUUUACGUAGGAAAUUUUUUGAAUAUUUACUGUAGAUUGGUAGGACAAAUUCUGAUUAUUGAAUGGUUUACGAAAUGAUAUUUGUGAUAUGUUUCAUAAGCGACCAAAAAUUUAUUAUUUAUUUUUAUAUCGUAUGAUUUUCUAAGGUUUUUUAUUGGUUUUCCUACUGAACUACACUGUCUCGGAGUUAUUUUUUAAUUCUUUUACAUUGUUUCGUGCUAGGAGUAAUGUGUCUAGGUUUUAAUCGCAUUAUCGUAAUUUAUUUCUGUUUAGCUAAGGAAUAUGCUUGAUAAUAUUUAUUUCAUAAUUUUAUAAUUGUUGUAAUUUAAUGACUAUUUUAAACGAUAAACCAAUGAAGUUUUUAAAUAUUUAUUUUGUCAAUGUGAUAUUACAUUAUUAUUUAUUAUACUUUCCCAAACUAUUUUACGGAAUAAAUAAAUUUGAAAUCAGA